AUGCCUGGAAAUCAAGCGUCUGCCGUGCCGCAGGGAGAUCGUCAGAGGAGAGCGAGGCCGGAGUCUGAGGAUGUCACGGAUCAACCCGCUGCGACACAAAUAAGAGUGGAGGAGGCGCGGCGACCACAGUGGACCAUUAGCAGCACCGUAGAGGACAUCCUGCUGGAGGGAAGCACUAACAGGACCGAAAUGAAGCUGAAUGAUUUCCUCCGGAGCAACUUGGGCGAGGAGUGGGUUGUGGAAAGAAAUGGGAACGUCACGAUGGGGAAUUUUGUUCAGAAUCCCGAGACGUUUAUCAAAAAGAAAGGGUUAUUACACACAAUA